AUGGGUGUGGCAAGCUUAGAAUCACUGACCAAUGAGUUAUUCGAACAAGUCGUGCAGUACCUCGACCUCCACGACAUUCGUAAUGUUCGUCUUGCCAGCCGAUCAACGGCAUUGAAAGCAGUCCAGGAUACAUAUCAAUCCUACUUCCGGAACAAGMAUGUCGAGCUUGGUCGAAAAAGCCUGCAAUCGUUCGUCGACGUCACUUCGCAAAGCGGAGUAGGCUGUCUUGUGGAAAACCUGUCCUUGAUUGGCAUUGUGUACGACGCCAAGGAUCUCGAAUCAUCCAUCGAAACUGGCAGACCACAGCGGAAGAUGGGCAGUUCGCGGAAAAUCGCACCAUCUCACAGCGCCGAAGAGCUUGAGGCUACCAAACAGGAUCUCGACCUGCUGAGGCGAAGACGCGAGGACGACAAGGCUCWUCGAGAGGAAGGCAGCGACCUAAUCUUGGUACGCAAAGCAUUUUCCAACAUUGCAUUGAGCAAGAGAUCUCCUCUUAAAAGCCUAUCACUCGGCAUAAAGAUCCAUCGCGGAGAUACCGUAAAGCCUACGCCUUCCUCGCUUUGGGAGGUGAAACAGGUUUUCCAGGCCGCGACUUGCACUUACUGGCUCACGGUGGAAAGUCUGCGCUCCAGCCAGCUGAGAAUCGAGGCUCUGGACAUCUUUUUUAACAUUCCCGAACAGCUGAAAAGCAGUCUKCCCUGCGAUGAUCUGGCCAGCUCAGAUCUAAGCUCUACUGGAAGAUUGGGCCCUUGUCUUUCCACUCUCAAGACGCUUUCAGUGUCCAUUACCGAUCCAUUGGUUGACGAGACAGAGUACGACACCAGAGACACCGGAGAUGGAGCUGAUGAUUUCACUUCUUCCCGCGUUGAACGACGUACGCCUGAGGUGACUCAUUCAUCCCGAGAUCGAAUCACGAAUGAAGAGAACUACUCCGCCCUCUUCAAAAUGCUGAGAUUAUGUCCCAGCCUCGAGGAGCUUAACCUCGUGGGUUAUCAACUCAAUCACUCAGAUAUGGAGCUUGCAGAACUGCAAAAGACCAUGCGAAGCCGCCACAUAUACCAUAUCGCGCGCGCUCGACCUCUUACCCACCUCCGCAAACUAAAUCUAGCCAAUCUUCGAAUGCACGAUGCAGAUCUCCUUACUCUACUGAGGUCCCACAUCUCCACCCUCCGCGAGUUAGAAUUAACCGACAUUUGGAUUCCAGAGCGAUCAUUCCCAUCAAUCGUGUCGUAUGCCACGGGCGAGGAAACGGGAUUCGAAGCGAUACGGUUUGAAAAUAUCCGUGAAGGGGAGGAUCUGAUACAUUUUCAGUGUGAUUGGGAGGAGGAGGGAAUAGAUUCUUUCGAUCGUGAUGAUGUAGUGAGGAAGUGGGGCAUCGAGCGAAAAGGAGAUAUCGCUUUUUUUGGUAGGGAGAUAGGGUUGAUGGGAUGUUCUACGGUAUUUGAGUGGACGCUGGAAGAAAGGAUUCUAGAGGAAGAGAAUAUGUCCGAUCUUUAG